ACAAAGUUUGUGUUUAGUGAUGGGGACAAAACGUUGACCAUAAAAUCUUUAAAGAAAGCUACAGACAUUAUGUGCAUUCAGUGUUCAGUUUCGAACCCAGUUGGAACUACAUGGGCCGAUGGAUGCCUAUAUGUUCUUUUUACAUCUACCAAUAGUACAAGUGAAGAAACUACUGAAAACACAAAGACAGUUACAUCUACCAAUAGUACAAGUGAAGAAACUACUGAAAACACAAAGACAGAAAGGACGGCUCUGAUUUGUGUUACUGCCAUUGCUGCUAUAUCGAUUGUAAUUAAUGUCAUAGGGUGUGUCAUUUUCAUCUGUCGCCCAAAAUUGUGUAAAAGAAAAGACAACAAAGCUGAUACUUACGACGUGGCUUUUGAUAGGACGGGAACUGCACAUGAGGACGAACAUCAGUAUGAACAUGUAGUUAAUGAACCAGCAGCAUCCGAGGAGGUCUCGUCUGACUAUUUGGAGAUACUGAAUUAGUACGUAACUGUCACUAGCGAAAUAAAUCUUAAAUAACAAUUUAAUCCUUUAUCUACUGACGGUACUUUUAAGUACCACUUUAAUUAAGUGCCUGUAUUAUGUUUAAUUUAAUACGAAUUUUAAAAAUGAUUGAUGUAAUUAAUAGUAUUAUCUCCCCUGAGUAGCUGUUAGUUGGAGGGAUCGAUGUUUUUGAAAAUUUAUUUCUGGUGUAGCGCCAUUUUCAAUGUCUUGCUGUAUCGGUAGUUCACAAUCGUUAAGUACAUAUCUCACACGCGUUCCUGAUUUCCCUUUGUUUUACCUUAUUCUUCAAGUUUUUCAACCCCAAAUAUUUUUUAUUAGCACCUUCAAUAGUCAGGCAAACGCGUUUGACUUCUAGUUAAACAAUUUUAAUCAAAUUGUCUUUGUAUUAGAUCGAUGUUUACAAGUGUACUUAUAAGUACCGUCAGGGCACACGGUCAUUUUUAGGAUUUCUUGGAAAUGGCAGAUUUUUGAUGUGGAGUAACAAACAUAUUAUUUUGAUAACUAAUUAUCGAAAUAUACUCAAAAAAUGAUAUUUACACAUUUAUAAGAAGGUUAGCAUAUGGUUUACCUAAGAAAUAUUGUAAUCAAAUGUUGAUUUCUAGUAGUAAAAGAAUUACAAGAAUAAAGGAAGCAGUUGCAGGCUCGUUUACUAGGUUUAGUAUACUUCAUUUGUAUACCAAAGUCUAGUUCUAUUUGUAAGAUUUAAUUUGUUAGUUAUAUUUACUGCAAUAAAUUGUCUUGCCUACAAUAACUAGCACUUACGUAAUGUAUACCUGUAGACUAGUAAUAGUCUAUACUUCUGCAUUUAGUAUAGAUCUAAAUGGUAAAUUUUAAUCAGUAAACAGAAAACAGUAGUCCACUACGGCUAUCCUAAACACAUUGAGCUCAUUUCUAUUUAUAAAAUUUACACUGUAUUGUAGACUUGUCAUAACAUUCUAGUAGGCUACAAUUAUACUAGUAUUACUAGUAGUUGUGUACCGAAUGACUAGGCUUUUGUUUGUUUAUGCGGCUCAUUGUAAUAGCUAUUGGAAGCUUCCGGCAAAAGCAUGUUCAGUCCGGCAACCAUUGCUAC